GCCCCGUCGCGCGAGACUUCAGCUCUCGCGAUAGAGGGCUCGUGCGAUCUCUCAGAGCUGGGGAUACUUCCGGUACGAAGAGCUUCAAACUAGUGGCGGGCCCAGCCCGGGCGGCGGGUUCCUCUGCGCCCGGCGUCCGGCCGCGCGAUCCUCCAUGGAUCUGAUCCGCGGCUUCUGCGCGAAGCUGCGGUCUCUGGCCGUCAGUCUGGACAGUGAGACGGCCCGGCUGCAGCGGGCGCUGGACGGAGAGGAGAGCGACUUUGAAGAUUAUCCAGCGAGAAUUUUAUAUGAUCUCCAUUCCGAAGUCCAGACUUUAAAGGAUGAUGUCAUUAUUCUUCUUGAUAAAGCAAGUUUGGAAAGUCAAGAAAUCAUUGGUUUUGUAAAGGCAGCAAAAGUGCUAAUGAAGAAAAAUUCAGUGGAUAUCAUGAAAAUAACAGAGUUUUUCCAGAAGUAUGGAUAUAAUCCACGUGCCAAGAAAAAUGCAGUGGAUGAACAAGAAAUCCCUGACUCUGACUCCAAGUCCACAACCCAUGAAAAUCUCCACAUGUCUGAUGUGAAGGACAGUCUGUCCGGUCCUGCUGUUCCAAGCAUUUCUAGUUCUGAGCGGUCUCCACGGAGUCCCCAGCUUUCAGAUUUUGGACUUGAGCGGUACAUGAUAUCCCAAGUUCCACCAAAGCCUCCACCAGCAGUAAACCACCGUGAAGAAGAGCCCAAAAUCUUAGCUCCAUCUUCCAACCAGUCCCUGGGUAAAGUACUCAAAACUCCAAAAUGUGCACUGAAGAUGGAUGAUUUUGAGUGUGUAACUCCUAAAUUAGAACACUUUGGCAUCUCUGACUAUACUGUGUGUUUAAAUGAAGACUAUACGAUGGGACUUAAACAUAUGAAGGAGAAUAAAAGUGAGGAGGCCAUAGAAUCAGAACCAAUGACCAGUGAGAAGGUCUUUGCUACUCCUGGCCUCGCAGUCCAACAGUUGAAAAAAAAUGAUGGCGACUAUACAGCUUCCCCCUUGGCACCCACAUUCUGCACUCCUGGUUUGAAAAUUCCUUCUACAAAGAACAGAGCUUCGGAAUCCACAAAUUGUCCAUUAUCAGAAACAAACAGUUCAUCAAAUGAUUUGGAAAUGAAAGACUACACAUCGUUAGUUUUAAAUUCAGAGAAGUGUUUUGAAAGUUUUGCGGAUCCCUCUUCUCCCAUAAUUUCUUCUUACGAGAAUCUGCUGAGAACACCUACCCCUCCGGAAGUCACUGCCAUUCCAGAAGAUAUUCUUCAGAUUUUAUCAAAAUACAACUCAAACCUAGCUACGCCGGUGGCCGUGAAGGCCAUGCCGCCCAGCAAAGGGCUCCUCCCCAGACAUGGAGGACUGAGCAUCCAAGGCGUUGGCAAUAAAGAAAACUGGUGAAGAAAACUUUUCAAGUGUGGACACUGAACAGAAGGCGCUGGAGGCGGAGCUGGACUGACUGACACAUCACCCUACAUCUUUCCCCUUUUUAAACACCAACCAUAUUAAAGAUGAACAUGGACGCUGA